AUGGUCGCUGGCGGAGUGUCUUCAGAAUUUCUGAUCGCGAGUGCCGGAAUCGCCAAUUACAGCAGGUCUAUUGGAAAUGUACAUAACAACGAUGAAACUGGUGUCACAGUCAUCCCAGUUGUGGGCUUUUAUGCCCUCAAGGCACGAGCACCAUGUUUGAAGUCGGGCGGGAGGUUGAAAACUCGGCACGGUCAUAUCGCCGACCCGACCGAGAUCUGCGAUCAUGAUGCGGCGCAGGUGAUGCAGAAGCCCCUCGGUUGGGGGGUUCGGGUGGUUUUUAGCAGACCAGUUGAGGAGAUUCCCCUUGAAGAAUUCGGGAAUGUCAAGAGACCAGGAAGGAUGGAGAUCUUGAAUCCGAAUCUGAUACCGCUCUCGGCAUUCGAAACCUUGGAAUUAGUCAGAGAGAUCAAGACUAAGCAAGAGCUGGAGGACCAAAGAGCCAUCGAAUUGAAUGCCAACCAACAGCCACAACAACUACCACCCCAGCCAAACAAUAACUUGGACCAACUCGUCAAAAACAUCUUGACCCAUUUCGAACAUCCUAAUCAUCAUCUACCGCAAGCCAAACAAUCAACUCAAUCCAUCCUUUCAUUAUGCGAAUCUCUCAGGAAUCGCUUCGGCCAAGUCUCCGGUAGAGCUAACGGACUGACCAAAGCCGAAAGAUUACAGAUUUGCGACUUGGCUCCAACCGAACUAGUCGAGAUUUACCUGAUCAUCGAAGAAUGCGACUCGAGAUUUACAGAAGAAGAGAUCCAAGAGAUCAUCGACUUAGUCAAACAGAAUCUUUCGACCGAUCGACGAACAACCCACACUCUCAACCACAAACCGGUGAAUUCAUUACAGAAUGGUGAUACUGAGAACGAUCGGGAUGGGUUUGAUUACGAAGAAGACCCCAACUUCAAUCUCGGAGAUAUCGAUGAUGAUGAUGCACUGGUCGCCGAAGCGCGCGAGGGUGGCCCGCCGGCUGAUCAAGAACUAGACGAAGUGCCUGAUUGAGCUCUCAAGCAUUAAUAAAACAUGCAUCCCUAAAUGAACAAACAAAAACCAAACUACCCGCCAAAUUUGUUUUUACUGUAUCAGAGUUUUAAAUUUCCAUUUAUUGAUUCGGAAUAAAAUCUGAGCAUACUUCAAAACAUAAUUGAGUCCCG